GCGGGCCCCGGGGACGGCGGGAGGCGUCCGCGCUGCGAGGCUGCGGUGGGCCUCGUGGUGAGCCGGGGCCUGGUUCUCCCCGCGCGGAGAACGCGAGCCUCGGCCGGGGCCGGGGGCGGCCCGCGGCGCGCCUGGUCCAGUCAUGGCAGACUACUGGAAGUCACAACCAAAGAAAUUCUGUGAUUACUGCAAGUGUUGGAUUGCGGACAAUAGGCCUAGCAUUGAAUUUCAUGAAAGAGGAAAGAAUCAUAAAGAAAAUGUGGCGAAGAGGAUCAGUGAGAUUAAACAGAAAAGCCUGGAUAAGGCAAAGGAAGAAGAAAAGGCAUCAAAGGAGUUUGCUGCAAUGGAGGCAGCUGCCCUGAAAGCAUACCAGGAGGAUUUGAAAAGGCUUGGCUUAGAGUCAGAGAUCUCAGAGCCAAGCGUGUCACCAGUAACCAGCACCGUCCCACCCACCUCUGCAUCAAAUCAGCAGAAAGAAAAGAAGAAAAAGAAAAAAGACCCUUCAAAGGGCAGAUGGGUAGAAGGCAUAACCUCGGAGGGUCACCAUUAUUAUUAUGAUCUUAUCACAGGAGCAUCUCAGUGGGAGAAACCUGAAGGAUUUCAAGGAAACUUAAAAAAGGCAACAGGGAAGACUGUAUGGAUAGAAGGGCUAAGUGAAGAUGGCUAUACCUAUUAUUAUAAUACAGAAACGGGGGAAUCCAGAUGGGAAAAACCUGAUGAUUUCAUUCCACACUCCGGUGAUCUGCCUUCUAGUAAAGUCAAUGAAAAGUCACUUGGCACCCUAGAAGAGUCCAAAUCAUCAGAUUCACAUGGUGAGUCUGAUGGCGAACAAGAAGCAGAAAAGGAGAAAAAAAAAGAAGAGAUCCCAACAGAAACACAGAAGCUAAUAAUAAAGUUUAAGGAAAAAAAUAAAAGUAGUAAUAAAAGAACUGAACCAGAAACACAGAAAGAAAAAAAUACCCAAGGGAAGAAUUCAUCAGGUCCAAGUGAAGAAAAACCCAAAGAAAAAAAUACCCAAGGGAAGAAUUCAUCAGGUUCAAAUGAAGAAAAACCCAAAGCUCAUAAAAAGCCAAACCCAUAUGGAGAAUGGCAGGAAAUUAAACCAGAAGUUGAGUCCCAUGAGGAGGUAGAUUUGGAGCUUCCAAGCACUGAAAAUGAAUAUGUAUCAACUUCGGAGGCUGAUGCUGGUGGGGAACCCCAACUGGUUUUUAAAGAAAAAACAGUCACUUCUCUUGGAGUCGUGGCAGAUGGAGUGGCCCCAGUCUUCAAAAAGAGAAGAAUUGAAAAUGGAAAGUCAAGAAAUUUAAGGCAACGAGGUGAUGAUCAGUAAUUAUAAGAAAGCUUUUAAUGUGUGCUUUUUGGACAUAAUGGAGACUGUACAUCUUUAAAAGCUCCUUUGUGUUUGUUUUACAUUAUUUAAGUGAUAAAAAUUUAGACUUACUCUGAAUGUAUUUUAUGUGAAUUUAAAAUAAAUCUUUUUCAUGUGAAAUUGAUUUUUGUUCCUAAAAUGGAAGCCUACCACAUUGCAUUGUAAUACAGUGUAUUAUCUUCAGUGUCCAAAAACUGGUAAUUAUGUCAUAAUGUAAGAUGCUAUGUAUCUGUUAUUUAAAACGUUUAUCCCAUUCUUCCUCUUAUGAACAUACUUGUACUGCACUGAAAAUGAAUUAUCUUUGCACACUGAUAUUAUCCAAGAAAUAAGAAUUAUACCACAAAAGAGAAGAUUCAUAGUCCAUGAUGAUUCAGUUUUGAGGAUCCUGUCAGAAAGGCUGAUGUAGAAAGUGUAUGCAUAUCUUGCUUACUUUUUUCAACUUAAGGUCAAGGACCAAGAACCAGGACUGUAGCUCAGGUAGUGGUUAAUAGGGAAUGAAAAUCGGACCAAAGGAAGAUAAGUGUAUCUGCCUGGUUCAGUGCAAAGCAAUAGCCAUUGCAUCGGCAUUUUCACCUUCAGCCAGGCACUGUGCUAGGAACUGGGGGUGUAACGGUUCUUCACAAAUUCUCAUUCAAACAGAAUCUUUUUCCCCAGUCAUGCACUCUGUGCACCGGCCUUAUAUGUACUGGAAAAUAUUUUUUAGGGUUUAUUUAAAACUCCGUAGAUGAAGUCGUGAACAAAAAUAGUAAGGUCUCUGACUUCGGUGAAAAGUUUUGGUGUUUCUUCAGACAGAUUGGAAAUUUCCCAUUUCCUGGUUAAAUUUCUUGAAAAGUGGAACUUUCUUAUUUAAUCCAUU